CGGUGCUGCCAUCACUAACCACAGACACAGCUGAUAAUACGAGUCCAGAAAAUAAGCGAUAAUAGCGACGAUAUUGAAUAAUAUAAAUAAAGCCCAACGCAGAGGAAAGCACGACCGAAAAAAAGCUGGACAGUAACUAGAAAAGCAAGAGCAGCGCAACUGCAACACAAACCACACACGAUGUACACACAUUUUCGGCUGCGGCUCGUCCUGAGGCUGAUACCAGCUUUGUUCGUGCUGCUCGGCGCCCGAGUCAGUGCCAACAACAACCAGCAAAUGCAAAUGCAGCUGGAGCCCAGCAGUAAAAAAAUGCUGGAGGGACUUCAGGAGACCUUCAUCAGUCUCCCGGAGCCGCACACGCGCGACCAUAGCGAAAUGCUGGGAGACCUGCGGAUUGUGCCGCCCCACCUUGACUUUGGAACAUGGUCUAUGGGGCAGGCGCGUACUAAGCAGGUGACGCUGUUUAACCAGCACACGAAUCGCACUCUUCAAUUGAACUCUGUGGUGGGGCCCAGUCCGGCCUUCUACAGCAGUUUCUUUGGAACGCGCGAGGUGCCGCCGCUGGGGAACACCAUAUUCAGUGUGGUCUUCCUGCCGAGGCAGCUUGGUGCCAUAUCAACGGAUCUGCUAAUACACACAUCAUUCGGCCGUGCGGAGAUGAAGGUACGCGGCGAGGGUAGCGAGUGUCCGUAUCGCUUGAAGCCGCUGGUGGGCAUCAAGGCGCCCAUAAACGCAACGCUAACCCCAGAGAUUCACAUGUAUAAUCCCCACGAGCGUCCGCUACAGAUACUCGAGAUUUACAGCAGUGGCGGAGAGUUCCAGCUGGAACUGCCCAGCGGUGGCUCCGAGGGACCACAGAAUCUUUGGGAAAUACCGCCGCACACGCUGAAGUCAGUCAUACGGAUAUCUUUCCACGGCCGCACCGCUGGCAACCAUAGCGCCUACAUACGCAUCAAGAUAUCCGAACUCGAGGAGCUCGAGGAGAGCAUCCUGGUCAUACCCGUCGAGUUCGAGAUCCUGCCCAAGCAAACACCCUACGCACGUAAUCCCCUGGCGGACUUUGGCCGCGUGGCCACCCACAAUGCGGAGGCCAUGGAGUUCAAGCUGGAUAUGCACGACCAGAACGAUCAGAGCCGCGAGCUCUUCGGCAGCCAUCUGCGGAAUAUACCGGGCCUCUUCUUCGAUCCCAAUUGCACGAGCAUUGUGCUGGACCCCAAGCUGUUCGAGAGCAGCGAAACGAUAAACGAUCUGCUGGUCAUCAGCAGCAAGAGCUCCAGCUCCAGCCCGGAGCCAGUGCAACCUUUCACGGUUCUAGUCCGGGCAGAGAUCUUCAAGGGCGGCCUGUCCUUCGAUGGCAAUGUCACCAAAUUUCUAACGAGCUCUGUCUCCAACUCCGAUGGUUCGGAGGGAGCCACUCCGCUGGAGAGGAAACGUUCGCUGAUGGUGCGCAACAACUUUGCCAUGCCCCUGAUCCUCUACAAUGUCAGUCUUAGCGAGCCGAUCAACGCGUCCCUUUUGGAGGUGACUAUGAUGGGUGAUCCCCUGCAGAUUUUACUGCAGCCGGGCGACUCCGUGGAGCUGCUAAAACUCAAUCUGCUCAACGAUGAGGUAAUGUUCAAGUCCUCCCUUAGGAUCGAUACGAAUGUCACCACCUUCGAGAUGCCAGUGGUCUCCUGCAGUGGGCAGCUGCACAUCUCCGCCCAGCCGUUUGUGCUGCGUAUACCACAGAAGAGGCACGAGCGAGAGCUGGAGCCGGAGGUGCCCAGCUUGGAGCUAGAUCUGGGCACUGUGCCAUAUGCCGAGAUGUCGCGGGAUGGCUAUGUCAUCCUGCGCAACGACAAUCCCAUGCCCAUCAAGAUCACCAAUUGGUUCUUCAAGGAGCCCAAGACUGUCUACUCGCACAGCUCCUUCUUUGGCUGCCUGUUGGCGGAGGAUAUCGAGAACUCGCAGGACGACUUGAACCAAGCCACCCGAUUGCACAUCUGCCGGUACUUAGGCCAGGGCGACAGCGCCGUCUUCCAGGUGGCCGUCAAAACCUACAUAGACGGUCCGGCCGAGGGCACCCUCAAGGUGUGGACUCCGUACGAGGUGGUGCGUGUGCCCGUGAAGUUCAAGGCCUCGAUGGGACAGCUGGACAUCGAUCAGGAACAGUUGAGUUUCAAGAACUGCUUCCCCGGAAAGAUAUGCACUGCGGUGCUGAGCAUCCGCUCCAGCUUCACACAUCCCGUACACGUCAAAAGCAUCAGCUUCGCGAAGACGGGCCUACGGUUCAAGGAUUUCAAUGCCAAGAGCACCACCAUCGCUGCUCAGACCCUGACCAAGGUGGGGCGGAUCUACUUUGAGCCGACGGCCAUGUGUCAGAGCCAGUGCUACAUCAGGGACUCCACCAACGAUCAGGCCGUCUUCCCCAGCAUACCCGGUGGCGCAGCGUUUGGUGGGGAGCCGGGCGGCGCCAGCAGCAUCAACAACAUUCUCCUGUACGACGGUGUCGAACUGCGCCAACGCACAGAGCUCUAUCGGCAAUUCAAACGACAGCUGCAGGCUCUGACCCUGACGCUGCACAGCGACGAGCUGCCGCCGUUGGAGUUGGACUUUGCGAUUGCCGUCGAGUGGCCGAAGCUGGUGCAGUUCCAGCCGAUACCACCCACGCCGGCAAUCGAGAUCAGUCAGGUGCAGCGCCAGUGGAUCACCCUGACCAAUCCCUCGCAGCAGCCGCUGCUCCUCGACUACUUCCUGUCGGACCCGGCCUACGCCAGACGCACCCAGCUCUCUCUGCCCCACGAGGUGAUCGAUGUCAGCUCCACUAGCUGCUAUCUCACCGAUCGCGAGGUCUUCUCCCUGCCCGAGGCUGGCGGACCCAUCCUGCUGCCCGGCGGCUCGAGCCUUACCAUUCCAAUCACCUUCAGCGCCUAUCAGCCGGAAAAGUACUGCACCCUACUUCAUGUGAGGAGUAAUCUCACGCUCUACGAGGCUGUCUGGCUCCAGGCCCGCGCCAUGCAAUCUCAGUUCCGCUUCGGCAACCGUCGUCCAGGCUCCCUGACACCACUGCUUUUUGAUGUGCCGCCCGACCAGUUCGAGGGUUGCCAGUCCGGCGACAAGGCUGUGGUUACCGUCCGCAGCUUUACGGCCCGCAAUGCGGGUGUCAUUCCCAUGAGGAUCGAGGGAUUCCUGAUCGGAUCGCUGCCCUGCGAGGACUACGGCUUCAAGGUGAUGGACUGUGCCGGCUUCGAUCUGGGCGAGAACGAGACGCGGAAGGUUGAGAUUGCAUUCAGCUCGGACCUGACGACGUCGCGUGUGAGGCGAACGCUGACGCUGAUCACGAAUCUGACCUACGACAUCGGAUACUUUAUGCUGGCCCAGAUGCCGUCCGAGAGUGUGGAGCAGUGUGCCGCCCAUCUGGUGCGACCUGCUUGGGAGACUUCGCUGAGAAAUGCUGCGCUUGUGGUGCUGUUGGCCAGCUUCUGUUUGGUUUUGGUUGCGGCCGUAUUUGAUUCGAAGGCCAUCAUGACCCAGCAGAGUGCGUUCGAUGCGGCCCGCUACAAGGGCCCCGUCCAGCCUACCUUUAAUCUGCGGAAUAUCGUUAAGAUGCAGGCUGAGGAGGCGGCCGCCAAAGCGGAGGCAGUGCAACAACAUCAGCACCACCACCCUAACCAGCACCAGCACCAGCAACGGGCCAGGAAUGGGGGAGGCCAAGUGAAGGAAGUGCGCAAGCGGACAUUUAUUGCGCCCACGACUACGACAACAUCGCGUAAAUCUAAGCCGUCCUGGUCAACCUGGGGCAUGGACAUGAAUUCCCUCAGCAAGCAUCUGCAGAAACCCAAACCAAAGCCACAAGCCAUAGUCACCCCCACCCUCAAUCCUCCUCAGCCCGCGUCAGUGCCAGUGGAGUCCAUAAAGCCCGUGAAGAUAUCGGCAACGCCAUCACCGCCGCAGCCAACAGCUCCAGUGCGGCCCCAGAAGAAGUUCAGACAGACACCCGUGGUUGUGGUGCCUCCUGCACCCAAGCCCAAGGCAGAGACAUCGCCGAAAACAGAACCAUCGCCCAAAGCAGAGCCAUUCCCCAAAAUAGAGCUAUUACCCAAAGCAGAGGCAUUACCCAAAGCAAAGCCAUCCGCCAAAGCAGAUACGUUACCCAAAGCAGAGCCAUCCUCCAAAGCAGAGCCAUCACCUGUAUGCACCCCAGUCGUCCAGGAGAAACCGAUGCCCAAGCCCUCAGCCCCGAGUCCUCCUCAGCAGGAGAAUAUAUCGCCCAAGCCCCUCAACAAGACCCAAGAGCAGCGAGUGCUAAAGGAACAAAAUGGAUCGGCCAAGAAAUUGGGCAAGACUCCAGGCCGAGAGAGAGAACGCGAGAGGGAGCGCCGCAAGGAACAAAAGGCAACGAAUGGAACAUCGUCUGUGGUCGCAGUGAGAAAAUCUGAGCGAAAACAGCGCCAGAAGCCGCUAAACUUUGGCCAAUCGGCUACCAGUGCCUCACCACCAGCCUCGCCGGAUACCAUCAAGUGCAUCACCUCUCCCUGGGAGACCACCAGUAGUGUGUCGUUCAGGGAUGUGCUUCAAACAGCCAGUAGCCAGCCUGCGACCGUGGACAAUGGAAUAAAUUUGACUCCGGCACCGGCAUCACCGCCAUUACCAGUACCAGUAAUAGAACACCAUGUGGCUCCACUACCAGCAGCAGCAGCAGUAGGUGUAGCUGCAUCAUCAUCUCAAGUACCAUCACAAUCUAGCGAUCUCGGACCGAUUGGAGGAAGCCGAAAAACCUCGACGCCGCCAGCGAUGACAUCUUUGUGGGAGCCUUUAUCGGCCACCGCCAGCAAUUCGCUCUUUGCCAAUGCCGAGAUUGAGUUACCUCCCGUAGAUGAUCUAUAUGAGCAGAGGGAGCGUGAGAGGCUGCAGCAGCAGCAACAGGCCCAGUGGGAGCGCAGCGAACUGAUUAUGCAGCAGCAAUUGCUGCUCCAGCAGGCCCAACAACUGGAGAUGCAGCAGCGACAGCAGGAACAGCAGGAACAGCAGGAACAGCAGCAAAAGCAGCUGCAGCAGGAGAAACUCCUGUUGCUGGCGAACAUGGAGAGCAACAACUGGAACUCACCCUGGUCGCCGCUGGGCUAUGGUGCUUGGCCAGAUGUUCAGACAACGGGUGUGGUGAAAGUUGUGCGUCCGCCACCAGGUCUAGCUGCUGCAAUGGGCUACAACAAUAGUCAGAUGCUGGCCACAUCGCACAACAUUGAACAAGAACAACAGGGGAUAGCAGCAGCAGUAGGAGUAGGAGGAAUCGGAUCAGGUGCAGCUGCGGUAACCGGACCCGGCGAGAGUCUGCCUACUCAGUAUGAUCCAUUCACCUCGCCAAGCUCAAUAUGGUCGGACACCUGGCGUCAGUCCUCGCAACGCAACAACAACAAUCACAUGAACUAAAGGGUUAUAUCCAAAGGGGAGGAGGAGUACGAGGAACAAGCUCACAGAUCAAAUAACUGAAAUGAAAUCAACCAAAUGAAAUUCUUACCACAUAAACACUCACUUAGGCUACGCGAUAGACGAUGGAAUAGACGAGAACGAUGUGGAACGAGACGAGGACUAAGACGAAGCAUGAUCUUUUCCAAUUUGACUUUUGACUAAAUAAACGCAAAGAUAAAAUGUCUUUCAUAUUGAA